AUGGAUAAGGAUGUUGAUGUGUGUAUGGAGAAAUUAAAAAAAAUGGAAUGGGGAGAAGAAGAUGAAAGACACAAGAGCGUUCUUUUGUUAUUUGGUGAAAGUGCCGAUGUUAGAAAAGUUUGGUCAAGUAUGGUUUCUGAUGGUGGAGUUGUACCUUUGCUUUUACUUGUGGUUUAUUGGUUGAGGUCAAACCGGCCCAUGCUAAUAAGAAUUCAUAGUAUUAGAGAUAACGAUUCAAGUGGGUAUGCGUAUACGCAAGAUUUGAUGUACGGAGACCCUACACAAUGUUUCGAUAUGAUGCGUCUUACACAAGAGGGUAUAACACAUGAUUCAAGAGUUUUGAAAGAAGUUGCAUUCAAUUCAACUUCUGGAUUUCCAUCUCCUCCACCAGUGAUAAUGGAGACAGUAGAUGACUUCGAUACCAUUGACGUGGAAUUGGAUGAGUUUUUCAAACACAAACAAAGAAGUCGAUGCAAAGAUGAGUUCCUAAAUACUCUCACAGACGAAGCGCUUGACGAAUGCACCGUACCUGAGAUAAACCUAAAUGAUUUUGAAGGAAUGUCGGAAGAUGAAGCACCACAGGAGAAACAGAGUGAUAGUGAGGGUGAAGAUGAAGAUAAAUUGCAAUUUCAAUACUCAACCCACGAUCUGAAGGUGAAAUGGAACAAUAUGAAGCCAGUUCUUGGAGAGAGGUAUGAAUCACCACACCAACUAAAGCUUUGUUUUACAAAUUACUCUUUAAGUAGGGGUUAUCCAAUUAGGUUCAAGAAAUGUGAUAGUGUAAGGCUCUUGGCUGUAUGUGCAAGUGACCCUGAGAAAUUUCAAUGUCCCUUUGUUGUAAGGGCCUCAUGGAUGAGCACUGAAAGAUCAUUCCAAAUCAAAAAAAUGGUUGAGCAACAUACCUGUGUUAGGAAUUUCCGUAGUGCUAAUCUUAUGGAUGCCACAUGGAUAGCUAGGCAGUUUCUGAAGGAGAUGAUUAGGAAACCAAAUGUGAAAUGUAAGGAAAUGCAAGCUAUUAUUCAAAGAAGGUUCCAUUGCAAGGUUUCAUGGUCAAAAUUUUAUAGAGCAAAGUGUAGGGCAAUUUCUUUAAUAGAUGGAAAGUUGAGUGAUCAUUAUGCAAACGUUUGGGAUUAUGGACAUGAGCUGAUGAGGUCCAAUCCAGGGAGUGAGCUGCUAACUGCCAUAGGGAGGGAUGCAAAUGACCAUGUGUAUCCCAUUGCUUGGGUAGUAGUUGAAAUUGAUAACAAGCCCAACUGGCAAUGGUUCUUGGAACUAUUACAUGAUGACCUAGAAUUACAAGGAGGCUUGAAUUUGUGUGUUAUUUCCGAUCAACACAAGGGUCUUUUGGAAGAUGUAAAGGUUGUAUUGCCACAUGUGGAGCACAGACAAUGUGCAAGACAUGUGUAUGCAAAUUUCAGAAAGGUCUUCAGUGGUAUAGAGUUUAAGAAUAUGUUUUGGACAGUUGCCAAGUCAACUGUUGAAGGAGACUUCGAAUUGAAUAUGGAGAAGAUCAGAGAAGUCAAUCCUGCUGCUUAUGAUCAUUUGAUGGCAAGGGAGCCUAAAUCUUGGUGCAUGACAUUUUUUAAAAGUGGAAUGGCAUGUGAGGCUGUUGAAAAUAGAAUGGCAGAGUGUUUUAAUGCCAUCAUACUUGAUGCUAGAAAGAAGCCUUUGUUGGCCAUGCUUGAGGAGAUUAGACUAUAUAUGAUGGAAAUGUUAUUUAACUUGAAGAAAGAAGCAUGUAAAUGGGUGAAUAAUGUGUGUCCAGGACCUAUUAAGAAAAUGGAUGAGUUUGCUUUUGAUAUCAACUAG